AUGGAUUCUGAAAUACUCCAGACCAGCGUAGACAAGGACACAUUCCCCACCUGUGUCAACGCUGCUGCAAAUGAGCUGAACAAGUUGCUCUCAAGCUUCCAGUACAAUUUGGAGGAGAUCACAAUCAUUGCAAUGCCAGAGGACUUGGAGGAUGGGGCACAAGGGAAGCAGGGGAAAGCAGUGCAGCUGCACAGCUUUGUUGAUCCUGCCAAAGGGCAUGCUGACAGAGCGCUGCACACCCAGCUAUCUGUGGACACACAUGAGGUCUUUCUGGACUAUCAGCAUAAUUCUCUUGAAGCCAGCGAUGUCACCUUCAACCUGAAGGACUUCAAGGCCAUGCUGGUUCUGUGCGAGGGCCUGGGUGCAAACGAGGAGUAUGUGCGGGCCGAGCUGGUGCUGGCAACGCUGCUGGAGACAGCGCGGCUGGGCGACUCGGGCCCUGCCACAGUGGCGGCCAAGGCGCGCAGGCGCGUGGACACUCCCGGUGGCGGCCAGAUCCCCGGAGACACUCCCUGGCGGCCU